AUCUCGAGCUCGCUCGCUCUCCCUCUCCCCGGGCUGUGGAAAGGAUCCCACUUCCGGUGGGGUGUCAUGGCGGCGUCUCGGACUGUGAUGGCUGAGGGGAGACGGCGCUAGUGGGGAGAGCGACCAAGAGGCCCCCUCCCCUCCCCAGGUCCCCUUUCCCCUAUCCCCUUCCCCCCUGUCUUCUCGCCAACGCCCCCUUCCCCUCUCCCCCUCCCGGCUCGGCGCAGAGCCCCCAUCCCCACCCCCGUGGGAACGUCGGGAGCCUUGCCCUCCUCAGACCCUCGCCUCGCCUCUUCCCUCAGCUCAGCCCCCGCUCCCUGCUUGCUUCCCGGCCCUGGGCGCCGGCCGACCGGUCCCUCCGCCGUUCCCCCCCGGCCGCGGGGAGGACAUGGCCGCGCACAGGCCGGUGGAAUGGGUCCAGGCCGUGGUCAGCCGCUUCGACGAGCAGCUCCCAAUUAAAACAGGACAACAGAACACACAUACCAAAGUCAGCACUGAGCACAAUAAGGAAUGUUUAAUCAAUAUUUCCAAAUACAAGUUUUCUUUGGUUAUAAGUGGCCUCACUACUAUCUUAAAGAACGUUAACACCAUGAGGAUAUUUGGAGAAGCUGCUGAAAAAAAUUUGUAUCUCUCUCAAUUGAUUAUAUUGGAUACACUGGAAAAAUGUCUUGCUGGGCAACCAAAAGACACAAUGAGAUUAGAUGAAACCAUGUUGGUAAAGCAGUUGUUGCCAGAAAUCUGCCAUUUUCUUCAUACCUGUCGAGAAGGAAACCAACAUGCAGCUGAACUUCGGAAUUCUGCCUCUGGGGUUUUAUUUUCUCUCAGCUGCAACAACUUCAAUGCAGUCUUUAGUCGCAUUUCUACCAGGUUACAGGAAUUGACAGUUUGUUCAGAAGACAAUGUUGAUGUUCAUGAUAUAGAAUUGUUGCAGCAUAUUAAUGUGGAUUGUGCAAAACUGAAACGACUCUUGAAGGAAACAGCAUUUAAAUUUAAAGCCCUAAAGAAGGUUGCACAGUUAGCUGUUAUAAACAGCCUGGAAAAGGCCUUUUGGAACUGGGUAGAAAAUUAUCCAGAUGAAUUUACAAAGCUCUACCAGAUUCCACAGACUGAUAUGGCUGAGUGUGCAGAAAAGCUGUUUGACUUGGUGGAUGGUUUUGCUGAAAGCACCAAACGUAAAGCAGCAGUUUGGCCACUACAAAUCAUUCUCCUUAUUUUGUGUCCCGAAAUAAUCCAGGAUAUAUCCAAGGAUGUGGUUGAUGAAAACAAUAUGAAUAAGAAGUUGUUUCUGGACAGUCUACGAAAAGCACUUGCUGGCCAUGGAGGAAGCAGGCAGCUGACAGAAAGUGCUGCCAUUGCUUGUGUCAAACUGUGUAAAGCAAGUACUUACAUCAACUGGGAAGAUAACUCUGUCAUUUUCCUACUAGUUCAGUCCAUGGUGGUUGAUCUUAAGAACCUGCUUUUUAACCCAAGUAAACCAUUCUCAAGAGGCAGUCAGACUGCAGAUGUGGAUUUAAUGAUUGACUGCCUUGUUUCUUGCUUUCGUAUAAGCCCUCACAACAACCAACACUUUAAGAUCUGCCUGGCUCAGAAUUCACCUUCUACAUUUCACUAUGUGUUGGUAAAUUCACUCCAUCGUAUCAUCACCAAUUCUGCAUUGGAUUGGUGGCCCAAGAUUGAUGCUGUAUAUUGUCAUUCAGUUGAACUUCGAAAUAUGUUUGGUGAAACACUUCAUAAAGCAGUGCAGAGUUGUGGGGCACACCCAGCAAUACGGAUGGCACCAAGUCUUACAUUUAAAGAAAAAGUUACAAGCCUUAAAUUCAAAGAAAAACCUACAGACCUUGAGACAAGAAACUAUAAGGUUCUUCUCUUGUCCAUGGUGAAACUAAUUCAUGCAGAUCCAAAGCUUUUGCUUUGUAAUCCAAGAAAACAGGGUCCUGAAACUCAAGGCAGUACAGCAGAACUAAUUACAGGGCUUGUACAGCUGGUCCCUCAAUCACACAUGCCAGAGGUUGCUCAGGAAGCAAUGGAGGCUUUGCUGGUUCUUCAUCAGUUAGACAGCAUUGAUUUGUGGAAUCCUGAUGCACCUGUAGAAACAUUUUGGGAGAUUAGUUCACAAAUGCUAUUUUACAUCUGCAAGAAAUUAACUAGCCAUCAAAUGCUUAGUAGUACAGAAAUUCUCAAGUGGUUACGGGAAAUUUUGAUCUGCAGGAAUAAAUUUCUUCUUAAAAACAAGCAGGCAGAUAGAAGUUCCUGUCACUUUCUUUUCCUUUAUGGAGUAGGAUGUGAUGGUCCUCCUAGUGGAAAUACCACUCAGAUGUCCAUGGAUCACGAAGAAUUACUGCGUACUUAUACUCCUGGAGCAUCUUUGCGGAAGGGAAAAGGAAAUUCUUCCGUGGAUAGUACAGCAGGGUGCAGUGGGACCCCACCAAUAUGCCGACAAGCCCAGACCAAGCUAGAAGUAGCCCUGUACAUGUUUCUGUGGAGCCCUGACACUGAAGCUGUUCUGGUUGCCAUGUCCUGUUUCCGCCACCUCUGUGAGGAAGCAGAUAUUCGAUGUGGGGUGGAUGAAGUGUCAGUGCACAAUUUUUUGCCCAACUAUAACACAUUCAUGGAAUUUGCCUCUGUCAGCAACAUGAUGUCAACAGGAAGAGCAGCACUUCAGAAAAGAGUGAUGGCAUUGCUAAGGCGCAUUGAGCAUCCCACGGCAGGAAACACGGAGGCUUGGGAAGAUACACAUGCAAAAUGGGAACAAGCUACAAAACUAAUUCUUAACUAUCCAAAAGCCAAAAUGGAAGAUGGCCAGGCUACUGAAAGCCUUCACAAGACCAUUGUUAAGAGACGGAUGUCUCAUGUGAGUGGAGGAGGAUCCAUAGAUUUGUCUGAUACAGAUUCCCUACAGGAAUGGAUCAACAUGACUGGCUUCCUUUGUGCCCUUGGGGGAGUAUGCCUACAGCAGAGAAGUAAUUCUGGACUGGCAACCUAUAGCCCACCCAUGGGCCCCGUCAGUGAACGUAAAGGGUCCAUGAUUUCAGUGAUGUCCUCAGAUGGAAACACAGAUACACCUGUCAGCAAAUUUAUGGACCGUCUGUUAUCCUUAAUGGUGUGUAACCAUGAGAAGGUGGGACUUCAAAUACGGACCAAUGUUAAGGAUCUGGUGGGUCUAGAAUUGAGUCCUGCUCUCUAUCCAAUGCUGUUUAACAAACUGAAGAAUACCAUCAGCAAAUUUUUUGAUUCCCAAGGACAGGUUUUAUUGACUGACACCAAUACUCAAUUUGUAGAGCAAACCAUAGCUAUAAUGAAGAACUUACUAGAUAAUCAUACUGAAGGCAGCUCUGAACAUUUGGGACAAGCUAGCAUUGAAACAAUGAUGUUAAAUCUGGUCAGAUAUGUUCGUGUUCUUGGGAACAUGGUCCAUGCAAUUCAGAUAAAAACCAAACUCUGUCAGUUAGUUGAAGUAAUGAUGGCAAGGAGGGAUGAUCUCUCAUUCUGUCAAGAGAUGAAAUUUAGGAAUAAGAUGGUAGAAUAUUUGACAGAUUGGGUUAUGGGAACCUCAAACCAGGCAGCAGAUGACGAUGUGAAAUGUCUUACAAGAGAUUUGGACCAAGCAAGCAUGGAAGCAGUGGUUUCACUCCUCGCUGGUCUUCCGCUACAGCCUGAGGAAGGAGAUGGUGUGGAAUUAAUGGAAGCCAAAUCACAGUUAUUUCUUAAGUACUUCACGUUAUUUAUGAACCUUUUGAAUGACUGUAGUGAAGUUGAAGAUGAAAAUGCACAAACAGGUGGCAGGAAACGUGGCAUGUCUCGGAGGCUGGCAUCCCUGAGGCACUGUACAGUCCUUGCAAUGUCAAAUUUACUCAAUGCUAAUGUGGACAGUGGACUCAUGCACUCCAUAGGUUUAGGUUAUCACAAGGAUCUCCAGACAAGAGCUACAUUUAUGGAAGUGCUCACAAAAAUCCUUCAACAAGGAACAGAAUUUGACACCCUUGCAGAAACAGUCUUGGCAGAUCGGUUUGAGAGACUUGUGGAAUUGGUCACCAUGAUGGGAGAUCAGGGAGAGCUCCCUAUAGCUAUGGCUCUGGCCAAUGUGGUCCCUUAUUCUCAGUGGGAUGAACUAGCUCGAGUUCUAGUUACUCUGUUUGAUUCUCGACAUUUACUCUACCAACUUCUCUGGAAUAUGUUUUCUAAGGAAGUAGAAUUGGCAGAUUCUAUGCAGACUCUUUUCCGAGGCAACAGCUUGGCCAGUAAAAUAAUGACAUUUUGUUUUAAGGUAUAUGGUGCUACUUAUCUGCAAAAACUCCUGGAUCCUUUAUUAAGAAUUGUUAUCACAUCCUCUGAUUGGCAACAUGUUAGCUUUGAAGUAGAUCCUACCAGAUUAGAACCAUCAGAGAUCCUGGAGGAAAAUCAGCGGAAUCUCCUACAGAUGACUGAAAAGUUCUUUCAUGCCAUUAUCAGCUCCUCCUCAGAAUUUCCCCCUCAGCUCCGAAGUGUGUGCCACUGUUUAUAUCAGGCAACUUGCCACUCCCUACUGAAUAAAGCUACAGUAAAAGAAAAAAAGGAAAACAAAAAAUCAGUGGUUAGCCAACGUUUCCCUCAGAACAGCAUCGGUGCAGUAGGAAGUGCCAUGUUCCUCAGAUUUAUCAAUCCUGCUAUUGUCUCACCAUAUGAAGCAGGGAUUUUAGAUAAAAAACCACCACCUAGAAUUGAAAGAGGCUUGAAGCUAAUGUCAAAGAUACUUCAGAGUAUUGCCAAUCAUGUUCUCUUCACUAAAGAAGAACAUAUGCGGCCUUUUAAUGAUUUUGUGAAAAGCAACUUUGAUUUGGCACGAAGGUUUUUCCUUGAUAUGGCAUCAGAUUGUCCCACAAGUGAUGCAGUAAACCAUAGUCUUUCCUUCAUCAGUGAUGGCAAUGUGCUUGCUUUACAUCGUCUGCUUUGGAACAACCAAGAAAAAAUUGGGCAAUACCUUUCCAGCAACAGGGAUCAUAAAGCUGUUGGAAGACGACCUUUUGAUAAGAUGGCAACACUUCUUGCAUAUCUGGGUCCUCCAGAGCACAAGCCUGUGGCAGAUACACAUUGGUCCAGCCUUAACCUUACCAGUUCAAAGUUUGAAGAAUUUAUGACUAGACAUCAAGUACAUGAAAAAGAAGAGUUCAAGGCUUUGAAAACAUUAAGUAUUUUCUACCAAGCUGGCACUUCCAAAGCAGGGAAUCCUAUUUUUUAUUAUGUUGCACGAAGGUUCAAAACUGGCCAGAUCAAUGGUGAUUUGCUGAUAUACCAUGUCUUGCUGACUUUAAAGCCAUACUAUGCAAAGCCAUAUGAAAUUGUAGUUGACCUUACCCAUACUGGGCCUAGCAAUCGCUUUAAAACAGACUUUCUGUCAAAGUGGUUUGUGGUUUUUCCUGGCUUUGCGUAUGACAAUGUCUCUGCUGUCUAUAUCUAUAACUGUAACUCCUGGGUCAGAGAGUAUACCAAGUAUCACGAACGGCUGCUGACUGGUCUCAAAGGCAGCAAAAGACUCAUUUUCAUAGACUGUCCUGGGAAACUAGCUGAGCACAUAGAGCAUGAACAACAGAAACUACCUGCUGCCACCUUAGCCUUGGAAGAGGACCUGAAGGUAUUCCACAAUGCUCUCAAGCUAGCUCACAAAGACACCAAAGUUUCUAUUAAGGUUGGUUCUACCGCUGUUCAAGUAACCUCAGCAGAGAGAACAAAAGUCUUGGGGCAGUCAGUCUUUCUAAAUGAUAUCUAUUAUGCCUCAGAAAUUGAAGAAAUCUGCCUAGUGGAUGAGAACCAGUUCACCUUAACCAUUGCAAACCAGGGCACACCACUCACCUUCAUGCACCAGGAGUGUGAUGCCAUCGUCCAGUCUAUCAUUCACAUCCGGACCCGCUGGGAACUGUCGCAGCCUGACUCCAUCCCCCAGCACACCAAGAUUCGACCAAAAGAUGUGCCUGGGACACUACUCAAUAUUGCAUUACUUAAUUUAGGCAGUUCAGACCCUAGUUUAAGGUCAGCUGCCUAUAAUCUUCUGUGUGCCUUAACCUGUACCUUUAAUUUAAAAAUUGAGGGCCAGUUACUAGAGACAUCAGGCUUAUGCAUCCCUGCCAACAACACCCUCUUUAUUGUCUCCAUUAGUAAGACGUUGGCGGCUAAUGAGCCACACCUCACCUUAGAAUUUUUGGAAGAGUGUAUUUCUGGAUUUAGCAAAUCUAGUAUUGAAUUGAAACACCUUUGUUUGGAAUAUAUGACUCCAUGGCUGUCAAAUCUGGUCCGUUUUUGUAAGCAUAAUGAUGACGCCAAACGACAAAGAGUUACAGCUAUUCUUGAUAAACUCAUAACAAUGACCAUAAAUGAGAAACAGAUGUACCCAUCUAUUCAAGCAAAAAUAUGGGGGAGCCUUGGGCAGAUCACAGACCUGCUUGAUGUUGUACUAGAUAGUUUCAUCAAAACAAGUGCUACAGGUGGCCUGGGGUCAAUAAAAGCUGAGGUGAUGGCAGAUACUGCUGUAGCUCUGGCUUCUGGGAAUGUGAAGCUGGUCUCAAGUAAGGUUAUUGGAAGAAUGUGUAAGAUAAUUGACAAGACAUGCUUAUCUCCAACUCCAACUUUAGAACAGCAUCUUAUGUGGGAUGAUAUUGCUAUUUUAGCCCGCUACAUGCUGAUGCUGUCCUUCAACAAUUCCCUUGAUGUGGCAGCUCAUCUCCCCUACCUCUUCCAUGUUGUUACUUUCUUAGUAGCCACAGGGCCUUUGUCCCUUAGAGCUUCCACACAUGGAUUGGUCAUUAACAUCAUUCACUCUCUGUGUACCUGUUCACAGCUUCAUUUUAGUGAAGAGACCAAACAAGUUUUGAGACUCAGUCUUACAGAGUUCUCCUUACCUAAAUUUUACUUGCUGUUUGGCAUUAGCAAAGUUAAGUCAGCUGCUGUCAUUGCCUUCCGUUCCAGUUACCGUGAUAGGUCAUUCUCUCCUGGAUCCUAUGAGAGAGAGACUUUUGCUUUGACAUCCUUGGAAACAGUCACAGAAGCUUUGUUAGAGAUCAUGGAGGCAUGUAUGAGAGAUAUUCCAACAUGCAAGUGGCUGGAUCAGUGGACAGAACUAGCUCAGAGAUUUGCAUUCCAAUACAAUCCAUCCCUGCAACCAAGAGCUCUUGUGGUCUUUGGAUGUAUCAGUAAAAGAGUAUCUCAUGGGCAAAUAAAGCAAAUUAUCCGCAUUCUUAGCAAGGCACUUGAGAGUUGCUUAAAAGGACCUGAUACUUACAACAGUCAAGUUCUGAUAGAAGCUACAGUAAUAGCACUAACCAAAUUACAGCCACUUCUUAAUAAGGACUCUCCUCUGCACAAAGCCCUCUUUUGGGUUGCUGUGGCUGUGCUGCAGCUGGAUGAGGUAAACUUGUAUUCAGCGGGCACCGCACUUUUGGAACAAAACCUGCACACCUUAGACAGUCUCCGGAUAUUCAACGACAAAAGUCCAGAAGAAGUGUUCAUGGCAACCCGGAAUCCUCUGGAGUGGCACUGCAAGCAGAUGGAUCAUUUUGUUGGACUCAACUUCAACUCAAAUUUCAACUUUGCACUGGUUGGACACCUCUUAAAAGGGUACAGACAUCCUUCACCUGCAAUUGUUGCAAGAACAGUCAGAAUUUUACAUACACUACUAACUUUGGUUAACAAGCAUAGGAAUUGUGACAAAUUUGAGGUGAAUACACAGAGUGUGGCUUAUUUAGCAGCUUUACUUACAGUGUCUGAAGAAGUUCGAAGUCGCUGCAGCCUCAAACAUAGAAAGUCCCUUCUUCUUACUGAUAUUUCAAUGGAAAAUGUGCCCAUGGAUACAUAUUCCCUUCAUCAUGGUGACCCCAGCUAUAGGACACUAAAAGAGAACCAGCCAUGGUCCUCUCCCAAAGGUUCUGAGGGGUACCUUGCAGCCACUUAUCCAGCUGUGGGCCAGACUAGUCCCCGAGCCAGGAAAUCCAUGAGCUUGGACAUGGGGCAGCCUUCUCAGGCCAACACUAAGAAGUUGCUUGGAACAAGGAAAAGUUUUGACCACUUGAUAUCAGACACAAAAGCUCCUAAAAGGCAAGAAAUGGAAUCAGGGAUCACCACACCUCCCAAAAUGAGGAGAGUAGCUGAAACUGAUUAUGAAAUGGAAUCUCAAAGAAUUCCCUCGUCACAACAGCACCCACACUUACGUAAAGUUUCAGUGUCUGAAUCAAAUGUUCUUUUGGACGAAGAAGUACUUACGGAUCCGAAGAUUCAAGCGCUGCUUCUUACUGUUCUAGCUACACUGGUAAAAUACACAACGGAUGAAUUUGAUCAGCGAAUUCUCUAUGAAUACUUGGCAGAGGCCAGUGUUGUAUUCCCUAAAGUUUUUCCAGUUGUUCAUAAUUUGUUGGACUCUAAGAUCAACACCUUGUUGUCAUUGUGCCAAGAUCCAAAUUUACUAAAUCCCAUCCAUGGAAUUGUGCAGAGUGUGGUAUAUCAUGAGGAGUCCCCCCCACAGUACCAGACAUCUUAUCUACAGAGUUUUGGUUUUAAUGGCUUAUGGCGGUUUGCAGGACCCUUUUCAAAGCAAACACAAAUCCCAGACUAUGCUGAACUUAUUGUUAAGUUUCUUGAUGCCUUGAUUGACACAUACUUGCCUGGAAUUGAUGAAGAAACAAGUGAGGAGUCCCUCCUGACCCCCACCUCUCCUUACCCUCCUGCACUACAGAGUCAGCUUAGUAUCGCUGCCAACCUUAAUCUCUCCAAUUCCAUGACCUCACUUGCAACUUCCCAGCAUUCCCCAGGAAUUGACAAGGAGAAUGUGGAACUCUCCCCAACCUCUGGCCACUGUAACAGUGGACGAACUCGCCAUGGAUCCGCAAGCCAAGUACAGAAGCAAAGAAGUGCUGGCAGCUUCAAACGUAAUAGCAUUAAGAAGAUGAUGUGAACCUUGUUUGCUUUCUUUUUUUAAAACCAACAUGGGCUCCUCAAUAGUGACCUUUCCCUAGCCUUGCCCCAGCCCCACCUUGCAAUGCUGCACUUCUGUUUUAUAAUGAACCAUCCAGUCAGCCAUGUUGCCAGAUGCUCAACUCUUGGAAGCAUUGACUAAAUUUAAUGCUUUUUCUUUCAUUUUUUUUUCUUCUACUUUUGGCAUAUAACUGAUGUAAGCAAAUGGUAGACAACUGAAAAGGAAGUUGAAAGGUCAGGAUUCCUGAAUGGAGAACAUCCUAGUUGGGAGAGACCAUGAAUGAACUCUCAUCUGCUACUUCUGGCCAGUGGUAAUAGCCCUUUGCACAGGGUGCUGCCUUCUUUGUUUUCCUAUAUCUAUCACACAAAGUGAAGUGUUAGUCUGGUUUCCACACUACUCAAGCUAAAAGUUUAUGGGAAAAUAAGAACAUAACCCCAGUGCAUUUGACCUGACUUUUAGCUGUGGACUUUUUCCCCAUCUGAAGCUGAAGGAACCAUAGAAGUCAGCCUCAGAGACUUCACGCCAUAAAGCUACAGGCGAGGCGAGGUACUUUGGGGGGUGGGGGGCGGGGAACUAGGAUUUUUGUAGUAGAUUCUUAAGAAAUACUAACACUUGAGCAUUAGCAAUAAAUACAGGAAAAUAAGCAUGGCCACAUAUAUCUUAACAUUACUGAACUAAAACUAUGGAUUCUGAGGCCUUAUCCAAACUCAGUCAUCUACAUUAGUUUUUUUUUUUCCUUUCUUUUCCUCCAGUUACCUUCUAACCUUUAAAGAGCUGAAUUUUUUUUUGUUUUUUAUAAGCCAAACUAUACUAAGUAUAGUCAUUAUGCAUUUCUUUGCCUCCUAUUCUUUCCUAAACAGUUCUGAGCAGGGUAAUCCAUGAACAAAGUGUUGAAACUUGUUCCCAGAAGGUAAUUUUCAUACUGGUUUGCAUUAGCUCUAUAGCAAAAAGGAAUGGUACGUGACUUUCAAAGUAGCUGAUAUUUUUUAUUUUGUUAAAUAAUUUUCAAAGAGACUAUGUUGUAUAAAUUAUAAAUUUCUUUGAUAAGAUGUAUUUUAAAAAUCUUUUGGUCUUCUCCUCUCCUCCAAGAAAUCAGGAAUCUCUAGCAAAGCACUUGGGUUCUGUAUGCCAGGAUCGCACUUGAUCACUGUGAAAAUCCUGAUGAGCCUGCAGUGGUGCGUCCCUGGGGGCCUCUAGAGCUGCUCUUUACUGAAUGGGAUGAGAUCUCAUGGCAUAGGCAGUUCCAGAAUUAUGUGGACCCAGUGUAUUUGUAGAACUGCAGUGCAAAAUUAUUUCAUUUCAGUGAGCCUACUGGUAUCUGGAUUCUCCAGUGUAGGACUAGACUGUAUUUAUUACAAAAUGUAUUAUCUUCACAUUCCUACAUUCCCUUUAUAUGUUACGACAUGGCUUUAAGAGAGUCAGAAAAGAAAUCAGGGGAGAUGGGGAGUUCUUAUAGUGCUAGUUCAUUAGUGGGUUUCAGUAAAUUAAAUUCCACAGCUAACUCAAUACAUAAUGGUACAUUUAAGUGUUCUGAUUUUAAUAAUAUCUCACACUUAUCCACACAGUAACAAUGUAAUAUGUUAAUGUAAAUAAAAUUGCUUUUGAUAUUCAGAAAUAACAAGAAUUUAAUUUUUUUAAUUUGUUUACAGUCCUGGGGAAAAGAACCAUUUGCCAAAAAAAAAAGUUAAAAAAAUAAAAACCCUAGUAUUAAUAGUCAUUUUAAUAUAGAAUUGUUGGAAAAUAUAGAAGACAUGCAGGUAACAAAUGCUUUUUUUUUUUAACUUAUAUUGAGGCUGUAUUUGUGUAAGAUAUAUAAAAUAACAGAGCAAGUAAGAUAUAAAGAAGCCAAAAUCAGAACUAAGAAACAGAAAAGCAACGCAGAGCCAAGGACACCCGCUCCCGCACGGCCUGGACUGCGGAGCUCCUGCCUGUGGUGUCACCUCGCUCCUGGUACAGAAGGCAGCACAAGCCUUUAAUAAUUGUGGUUGGCUGUUUUUCCUCUCUGUUGAUUUGGUGCAUACAAUGGUGGGUGUUAUGCUGUCUUGCUUCUCCCAUCAAAUAGAGAAACUUCCAAAGGUUUACUGUUAGAAAUACUGAUCUUUCCAUAAACAAGUUUACGAACAUACGAUGUUUCUUAAAUUUAUUAUUUCCCUCUAGCGUAAUGAAUAGGAUGAAUCCACUUGAAGUACCUCAGAAAGUGAUCCGCGUUGCACAAAUCAAAAUGGAGCCUUCUUUGAACUGCAAAAAUACUUUUGGCCAGUCCAUCCUGGGAAUUUGAAACGUUAACUAAGAUUUAAAUUUCACCUUAUUUAAAGAACUUCUGACUUUUAAGGAAAGUCCAAGUAACUAAAACCAACAUGAGAUUAUAUCUGACCAAUAGGCUUCCCCAGAGAAAUGACACUUGUUUAGUCCUGUUACUUGUCACUUACAAAAGAAAUCCUGAAGUUCUGAAGAAGUGGCCCAUUUGCCUAAUUUGAUGUAAGUUCUGUCAUUUAUUUUGGGUUUGUAAAUGUUCCCCACCCCAGCCC